AUUUUCAUUUCAGUUUUAGGAGAGACAAAUUGGUUUUGUUCCCAUUUUUUGUAGCAUUUUUUUUUAGGGUGUUCCCUGAAUUUGUUUUUAUUUUUUUACUUGAGCGACGAGGAGGCGUUGGUGCAGGAUGAAGGACUCGAGUCAAUCGGCGCCGGCGGGUCUCUUGGUGGCAGAUCUGAAGUCUUGGGAAACCUUCGACUGGCCGCCGGAGCAGCAGCGUAGGAUCUAUCACAGUUGGGGUCAGUACUUUGCGAGGAUGCGGAAGAACAGCUUUGCCCAGAUGUAUUUCGACAAGUGCAUCACCGAGAACGAGGAUGUGGACCACAAAGCGCUGUAUCUGCGCAGCAAGUUCAAGAGGUCGGUGGCCCUGACGCAGAGCGCCUUGGAGGACAGUUUGAGGGCCAUGGAGGUGAGACGGGUGUGGGACGCGAACGUGUCCAUGGAGCUGGCAGAUGGCCUCUACGACUUGAAUCGGUUUGAGGAGAACAAGACCCUGCUGCACGACAAUGUCCGCCGGCAUGCGGGCACCGCUCUGAAGGGCUUCGAGAAUCGCCUCCUGCUGGUCGAUGAGAAUCUCAAGGACUGCACGGGCUUCAGCCUGGCUAACUUCUUCAUGGAGCACUCCACGCAGCUGCCCGGCUUCUAUGAACACCAGCAGCAGGAGCUGCGACAGGCCGACACGCGGCCGCUCUGGAAAAUCCAGAAGGAGCGAAAGGAGUGUGAUGUCCAGAGCAAACUUGAUUUCAAGGAGGAGAUGCUCUCCCCACUGGAAACCGAGCGCAGGCGUCGCAAGACCAAGAUCUUUUACCAGAACUACCUCGGUCGCAACUGGACCGAUUUUAUCUUUCUCAAAACUCUUCGCCGGCAUCCCAACUGUCUGCUGGACAAUAAUUUCGGCUCCUCGCCAGACCGCACCGCGUAUCUGGAGUAUUCGUUCCGGCGCCUGAAGACUUUCACACGGAUGCUGCAGGCAAGGAAGCCCAUGUAUAACGAGUACUUCCAGCGAAAUCUUCGGACGGAGGAUCGCAUGCGCGAAGCGAACUUGUUCAGGAUUCAGUACCAGACCAGGCGAAACAUGCUGAGCAUCCUGCGGACCAUUAAGGUGCUGAGGGGAAGGAACGACAUCAAGCGCCUGCGCAAGUUCGUCGAGGAUGUGAUGGGCAGCUACGUGCUCCUCAAGACCAACCGGCUGAUGCCCUGGAAGGCGGAGUUCAUGAACGAGGUGUACAACAAUCUGGCCCUCAGCUUGUGCGAGGGCUACCGCCUGCCGCCCACGCGGGUCACGCCCUACGACAAGACCGCCAUGUGCCAGCUGCUCAACAUACCGGUGGCCAAGCCCCUGGAGCACACGGAGUUCAUCUUCGGAGACCGGUCCACCUACUCCUAUGCGGGUGCCGACAAGCAGAGCACCGAUCGAUUGGCAGACCAAAACCACAUCGAGUACCUGGAGAAACGGCUGCUCUUCGCCCGCCUGCCGAUUGAGAGGAGCUACCUGCUCCACGAGCUGGCCGAUCUGCACAUGCAGAAGAACCACUUUGUGCAGAGCCUGUCCUACGCGCAGAAGGCCAUCGAGGAGGCCAGGGUAUGCAAUAGCCGGCUCUGGGAGUUCCUCAGCACCAUGCUGAUGGCCAAGUCGCACGCGGUGCUCCACAAGUACGAGCGCCAAACGGAGGUGCUCAAUGACGCCUACGACCUGGCCGCCCAGCUGAAGUCGCCGCAGCUGUGCACCUUCAUCGAACUGUGCCGCAUGCUGAACAAGGACUACAUCACGCUCCGCAAGAUGUCCCAACUGGUGACCACCAAGCGGCUGCGCACGAAAAUCUCCAACAGGUCCAGCUUUUUCAGCUCACCCAACUCCUCGCCCAACGACUUGGAGUUGAAAAAGGAAGUGGAUGCUCCCGGGCCCGACUAAGUCGGCGGAUUGGAUGGAGGGCAGUGCUUAUAUGCGUUGCCUAUAGGCAGUGCCUUCCGUUCGAACCGUUGGCUUUGAUCAGGCCAAGUGGCGGCCACAAAAUCCUGUAAGACAAAUCGAGGUCCUUUCAAAAAUCUUGACAGUACAUUCUGAAGUAGGUGUGUGCAAAGAAAUCACAAACAUGCAAUGAAAAAACAAAAUCCUAUAAAUAAAUCUAAAGUCAAGCGUUCAUUUACUGAA